AGCCGCACUGAGGAGCUGCGGGGGUUUGACAGAGUCAGCGGCGGAAAGAGAGCCUCGCCUCAGAAUAAAACAUUAUAUUUUGAAAAAUACGGGGAAUCAAAACAUAAAAGUAGAAUUUUUAAAGAAGGAACUCACGCACAAGCCGUAAAGGAGCGUUACUAUGAUCCGUUUCAUCCUUAUUCAGAACCGUGCUGGAAAAACCCGUUUGGCUAAGUGGUAUAUGCAGUUUGAUGAUGAUGAAAAACAGAAGCUCAUCGAGGAAGUUCAUGCUGUUGUGACUGUUCGUGAUGCUAAACACACCAACUUUGUGGAGUUUCGUAACUUCAAGAUAAUUUAUCGGCGCUAUGCUGGGCUCUACUUCUGUAUUUGUGUGGAUGUCAAUGACAAUAAUCUGGUCUAUCUGGAAGCUAUCCACAAUUUUGUGGAGGUUUUGAAUGAAUACUUCCAUAAUGUCUGUGAAUUAGAUCUUGUCUUCAAUUUCUACAAGGUGUAUACAGUGGUGGAUGAGAUGUUCCUAGCAGGAGAGAUCAGAGAAACGAGCCAGACCAAGGUGUUAAAGCAGCUGCUCAUGUUACAGUCCCUGGAGUGAAAAUCAAAAGGAUGCUUCUGCAAAAGCAGCUCAAGCUCAAGCUCAAGCUCCACUGGUGCAAGUGUGUGUUUUAUCUGUGUAUGAGUGUGUGUGUGAGAGAGAGAGGAGUGAAUGAAAACUAUAGGGAACAGUGAAUGUUAACCCAGUUACUGCAGGACAAUGACCACUUAACCCAUCUGAAACUUCCUACAAUGCUUCAGCAUCUCUGUCACAAGUUAAUCUGGUUGUAAGGCACUCCUGUGCUUCUGGCUGUCUGGCUGUUGAUUAAUCAGUCUCCACAUAAAUACUUGGAUUUUGAUAACUGCCCUGCCAAGUUAGUCCCAGAACAAUGCAAAUACUUGAUUCAGAGCAAGUCAGUUUGAUACGUCUCAAAGAGAGCGCAUGUACAGUUACACUACAGUGCCCCUAAUGUGAACUGGCCAACAGAUUGAGUGUUCACUGGUAGAACACACCGCACACAAACCAAGCCAGUGUUGUCAUUGGAAGGCAGUGUGAAAGCAAGGUGGAAUCUUCAUAUUCUGCCUUUGUUGCAUUUGCCCACAUUGUCCUAGCUGCAGACAGUCGUUCAUGUUGACCCCAAAAUACUGGUGGUGGGACCAAAUGUGAGCUGAGUUUUGUGCAAGGAUCUCAUUUAAAAUGAUAUGGUGAAUUGGUGCCACGGUGUGGUUUAAGAUCACCAGUAACAGCACUGAAAUGCCAAUGAUUUUUAAUUUUGCACAUUUUUACUGACUGUUUUGCUCCAAUUUAUUUGGCCCCAGGUUCAUUGUUACUUUGCUGUGGCCUGUCUGAGUUUAUGACUAAAAACUUUGACUGGAAAUUCAGAUUUGUUAUAGCUGGAGCACCGUUCCGUGUAUAUUUUACACUUCACCGUGCACCUUGGCUUUGUGACAUUUAUUCUUGCAUUGACAGCUCUUUUUGAAGGUUGGGGUUGGGGUUUUCCACAAACACAUUUGAAUGUCUUUUCAUUCCCCUUAGAGGAAAGCGUAAUGGAUGCAAAUCACCUGUCAAACAGCCAGAAUUCAGUAACCAGUAUUAGAUCACAGAGAACAGUAUUUUAUAUAUAAUUAUCACAUAAAAGUGUAUGGUUAUUUCUCACUACCCACCUUCUAAUCCCCCACCCCCCAACCAAAAAAGGAAAUGCAGUUUGUGAUAAUUGAACCUCUCAAUAAAACUGCUUUCAGGAAUGUACAAGAGAACCCACUGUAGAAUCAAUUUGCUUUAAUCCAUUGUCCAGGUCUCUGAACAAUAGUGACACCACUGACUGUCAACAUGUUGCAUAUUAGUAAUUAGCAACAAAGCCUCAGGAUUUAUGAAUAACCGAAGCAAUGGAAGUCCUUCCAGCUCAUCUGAUUUACAGAAUAAAUCUAAAUGUCAAUUGAAGAGUUGCUAUUCCUGGUUUGAUUUGUUCUUUUGCAGAGUUGUGUUUCUCUGAUUGGCAUGACCUGCACUUGGAUAAAGCAAAAUGCUUCCCAGAUGGUGUUUUAUUUUCUUUUAAGUAACAUUUGCCUGGCCCUCUUCUAUUGUAUUUGAAUGGAUUCAUAUGUAUGGAGAAUUUUCACAUUCACUUAUUGAGGCAAUAUGUUGUAAUCAUCGAUAGAAAUGUCCUGUUAUGUGGAGGCGGUAACUUGUCACAAUAAAUACUAGAAGUGUU